AUGCCUCAGUUGCUGCAGAACAUUCACGGGAUCAUCGAAGCCUUUGGAUGCUAUGCCAGGUCAGAGGGUGGCUGCAAAGUGCUCACUCGUGGGGAACUGAAGAGGCUGCUGGAACAUGAGCUUGCUGAUGUCAUAGUGAAUCCCCAUGAUCCCUCCACGGUGGAUGAAGUCCUGCGCCUGCUGGAUGAAGAUAACACAGGGACUGUAGAAUUCAAGGAAUUCCUAGUCUUAGUGUUUAAAGUGGCUCGGGCCUGCUUUAAGACAUUGAGUGAGAGUUCUAGAGAUGCUUGCAUGUCUGACAAGUCUGAACGCUGCUCUCCUGGAUCCGAGAAAGAGCUGGAACAAGGCCAGAGAGGGGGCACUGGAGCAGGAAGGGGUGGAGCAGAACAGUGCUUUGAGGACAGUGGCCGUGGACAGAGGGAUCAGGCAUCUAAAACACAGGUCAGGGUGGGGACACACACCCAAAGCCAGGACAGCUAUCCUACACAGGUCAGCAGUCAUGACAGGGAGGUUGAGUCUCAAAGACAGGAGAUAGAAAGCCAGCAAACACAAGUGACAGGACAGGAGGAGCAGACCCCGAGAAGAGAAGACCAGAGUUGGGCCAGAGAGAGGAGGUCAGAGAGGCAGUCACAGAUUAGCCAACAGAAAGAGGAGACCAUAGCUAGACCCACAACUCAGACCCAAGAAAGUGCCUUCCAGACACAAGGGUCCACCUGUGGCCAUAGCCAAGACAGGAGCCAGGCAGACCAAGCUGCCACACAACACUACCAGACACAGGCAGGGUCUCAUACUCAGAUACACACCCCGACGGUAGAACAGGGAUGGAGGCGGCAGACAGGAAGUGAUAGCAUCCAGACACAGGGAUCCACCUAUGACCAGAACCCAGAGACUGAGACUCAAGGCCAAGAUAGGAACCAGGCAGGCCAGGCUGCUAAAGAACACUACCAGGAACAAACAUGCACACACACCACGAUGACACAACAAGGCAGGAGUCAGCAGGCAGAAAAUAGCAGUGUCCAGACACAUGGGUCCAUCUAUGACCAAAACAGAAGGACUGAGAUCCAUGGGCAAGACAGCAGUCAUGCAGGACAGAUAGGGACAGGACACUUCCAGACACAGACUUUGGAGCAUGAUAGGAGCCAGUCUGAAAGUCAGGUACGGGAUCCAGAAAAGAGACAGACUCAGAUACAGUCAGGCAUGGAGCAAAGCUAUACACCAGUAAGCAACUAUGAGACAGGAGAGCCAAUACUAGGAGGUCAGGUCCAGACUAAGACAAGCACUGUGAAAGAAAGACCAGACUGGAACAGUGGUCACCCAAGUCCAAAGGGAGGGCAGGGAGAGAGGGUACCCACUGUGAUUAGAGAUGAGUGGGUCAAUGACCACACGAGGGAAAUAGUGAUCUGUAGCCAGGAUCCAGGUAGCCUGCACUCUCUUGCUCCCCCAGCUCAGGGCCAGGAAGCAGCACAGAUGGAGGAGAAGAAAGGAAUCACAGCUAAGGGGCAAUAUUCAUUCUUGAAGACAAACCAGCCAUGACUUUCCCUGACUCCAGUGCCCAGUACCAAAAGACAGCCGGACUCACUCCCUGCCCUGCCCUGCCCUGCCCUGUCUUGCCCUGCUCUGCCCUGGAACACUGAUGGACAGCCAUUAUUCUUCUCAUUUGGUUCUUUCUUAGUGGUCAUUUCUACCGGGAGCUAUCUUGUCUAAACUCACUUCUCUUGCCUGCUUUGCUGUGCAGACACUCUCAGAAACAGGAAGACAUAGAAGAGGCCAUCUCUUUCACAGAAUUCCCUUCAUCUUUCAGGGGCUUUUCAGAGCUGUUUUAUCUCUGCUGUCUGUCCAUUCCAUUUAAAUGCAUCAAUAAAAGCUUAAACACUGA